CAGUGACUUUCGAGCCUAUUUGUAUAGACCGAAGUUCACACAGGUCACCGAUCAUGAGCCAUUAUUAGCCCUGAAGAAAUCUAAGGAUUACUCGGGCAUGAUCGGGAGAUGGGCACCAGUGCUACAGAGCAUGGACUUCGACAUUCGUCAUCGGAAGCACGAGAGACACGGGAAUGCUGACGGGUUGACACGAUUGCACCGACCCAAGAAGGUCCUCAAGAGUGAGGAGGUCAUUCCGUGGAACGAGCCGGAGGAGGAAAGCGGACCGCGGUACAGACAAUCCGAUCUCCAUCCUCGCCUUUCUUUCCUGCUCGAGCCUCUUGCCGUCCCGCUCCUUGAUCCCGGGCAUUGGCAGGUGUGGCGCGAAACCUUUGUCGAUUUGUCUAUGUGCUUGGCCCGAGUGCAAGUGACGUGGACGCGGACCGACGAGCAUCAGGAGUGUAUUGAGUACGUGGAGCUGCUGAUCAUCCAGGCUUGGAGAACUGACGUGGACGGCGAUCUUCUGGGUUUCCUCUUCGGAUCGGUGCUGCCAGGCCAUCGCCAGCCAAUUACUCAAGAACUCGUCGUCCCGCUCGCGCAACUGGCUGACGAUCUCUCUCUCGACAUCGUUACGCAAAGUGACGACAGUCCGGCUCCGCACGUCAUCACGUGGACGUUAGCGUCGUAUCUUCAGUGGACUGCAUGCUUGGAAGAACCCGGGAGUGAAAGCACUCUGCCGUCGCGGCAUGAUUACUUGAAGCCGUACGGAAUCAUUGAUCGUGUCUUCUUCCCGAAGGAAGAUCCUGAGGAGGCGCUUGAAGGAGAAGAAGAAGCCACCGAAGAAGAGGGCGACGCCGACGAAGAAACGUCAGAGAAAGGAAGUUAUAGUGAGUGCAGUGAAGGGGAGAAGACUAAAGAAGAGGAGGAGGUAGAAGAAGAAGAUGAAGGGGAGGAAGCCGGAUCGGAGUGGGAGGAUUUCCCGGAAGAAGUGGCGCGCACCGGCACGGAGGCGGAAGACCUCGAGGCGGCAUGAAGAAGGGAAGAGAUCGCCGCCGGGAAAAGCUAGUUGGAGUUCGCCAGCGAGGCGAAUUUGCGCAUCGACGAU